AACUCAUGUUGAGCACACGGGCUUCAGCCGGAAGGAUUUAAAAACGUUCCACUUCCAGUUACUACGGGAGCGAUCCAAGAUGGCGUCCUCCAAACAGAACGGGCCGGCCACAGCGGCUGGGAAAAGUGGAUUUCGUAACCAGAAGCCGAAGCAGGAGAACCGAGAUGAAUCAGAACUCCUCACAGUUCCUGAUGGUUGGAAGGAACCAGCUUUUUCCAAAGAGGACAAUCCCAGAGGACUCUUGGAGGAGAGCAGUUUCGCAACUUUGUUCCCAAAAUAUAGAGAAGCUUACUUGAAAGAGUGCUGGCCGUUGGUGCAGAAAGCCUUGAAUGAACAUCACGUUAAUGCAACCCUGGACCUGAUCGAGGGCAGCAUGACUGUUUGUACAACAAAGAAGACUUUUGAUCCCUAUAUCAUCAUUAGGGCCAGAGACCUAAUAAAACUGUUAGCAAGGAGUGUUUCAUUCGAACAGGCAGUACGAAUUCUUCAGGAUGAUAUUGCAUGCGACAUUAUUAAAAUAGGUUCUUUAGUAAGAAAUAAAGAAAGAUUUGUAAAAAGAAGACAACGGCUUAUUGGUCCCAAAGGAUCUACAUUGAAGGCAUUGGAACUCUUAACAAACUGUUACAUUAUGGUUCAGGGAAACACGGUUUCAGCCAUUGGACCUUUUAGUGGCUUAAAAGAGGUUCGAAAAGUAGUCCUAGAUACUAUGAAGAAUAUCCAUCCAAUUUAUAAUAUUAAAACCUUAAUGAUUAAACGAGAGUUGGCAAAAGAUUCUGAAUUAAGAUCACAAAGUUGGGAACGAUUUUUGCCACAGUUCAAGCACAAAAAUGUAAAUAAACGCAAGGAACCAAAGAAGAAAACUGUUAAGAAAGAGUAUACGCCAUUCCCACCACCACAGCCAGAAAGUCAGAUUGAUAAAGAACUGGCUAGUGGUGAAUACUUUCUGAAGGCAAGUCAAAAGAAGCGACAGAAAAUGGAAGCAAUAAAGGCUAAACAAGCAGAAGCUCUCAGUAAGAGACAAGAGGAAAGAAACAAAGCUUUUAUUCCACCUAAAGAAAAACCAGCUGCGAAACCUAAGGAAGUUUCUACUGAAACGAAAAUUGAUGUGGCUGCCAUCAAGGAAAAGGUUAAGAAAGCAAAGACCAAGAAACUGGGAGCUCUUACAGCUGAAGAAGUUAAGCUUAAAAUGGAAGCAGAUGAAAAGAAAAAGAAGAAAAAGUAAUACAUACAAAAAAGGCCUGAACUAGAACUUACUAAGCUGUCUCCUUUUGUAAAGGACUUUGAGAUAUGUGGGCAUUAGUUGCCUUAUAUGUAAGAAGUAAUACUCUGAUUACUUUUUUCUGAGUUUGUUGUUUAUAAGAGUGUUUAAAUAUUCAUCUUUUCUUUAUAAAUAUAAAUUAUUUUUUUCUCCAUGGGGUUUUGAAAAAUUUUAUAGUAAAGAGUGGUAUAUAUGUCUUUGUAUGCGUUGACCCUAAUCUGUUCCAGGCAGCCUUGGUCUGGCAUGAUUUUAGGAGUAAUUCUUUAGGUUGUGUAUAUAAAGGUUUUUGGAAUGUG